AUGAAGAGUGGUUUGCCCCUAUGUGUGUUCCUUCUAACCGUGACAGGGACGGUGCUGGACGCUGCUUAUAUCACAAAAAUAGAUCUCGGCGAUGUCCAAGCCCAGGCUGUGAAGGUCCGAGAACUUGCUCCGGAUAUAGAAGCCAUUCCUGCUGAACGAGAUUUGAACGCUGCCAGCGACCAGCUUGAGCCUUUCCUUCGGUACCAGUUCGAAGCUCACGGCAAGAAAUUUGACCUUCAGUUGGAGAAAAAUAAGCACGUGGACGUCAAGAACGCGCCCGUCUAUUAUGUCCAGGAGGAUGGAACAGUAGUAAAGAAAUCAACACAAAACAAUGAUGACUUCGCUAUGUAUCAUGACAAGAAGAAUAAUGCUGCAGUGGCAGUUUCCAAAGUUAACACAGAUGGAAAGACCAAUAAGCGAAUGGAAGGGUUUGUCAUUGACAAUAACGACAUGUUCGAGAUGCGCCACCUGAAGGACGACGAAUACCUUGUCUUCCGGCAAAAUAUUGAGGCCAAAAAGCCAGGUCCAGAGGUGCGGUCUUUCGACGACACUUAUGAGAGGGAAACAAGCAGACGAUCGCUAGAUAUUGUUUCAGAUAAGACAGCGAAAUCUAAUGGAGGGUCCGACUUGCUGCGCAAUCUGCUAGAAGUGUUGGAAACUGUUAAGAACAAAAAAUCGGAAAAGGACGUAGAGUUGCAAAGGAAGCAGACGUCAUUUAGUAGCAACCACAUCAACGCUGGCGUCGAGUUGUUGGUGUCUACUGAUGAUUCCGUCUGGGACUAUUUCUAUUCGCGGAAUAACAACAACGCAGAGGCGGCAGAGACCGAGUUAAGAAAAUACUACGCACUGCUUGUGAACGGGAUUGACUUGCGGUACCAAAACAUAGAAGACCGGGAUUUGAACAUUUACGUCGUUUUAUCUGGAUAUGUUAUCGCAAAGAGCCCCAGUCAGUCCAGCUGGUUUAGCGGCAACUUGUUCUCUGGGGCCGUAAAGGACGGGCGGCAGUUGGUGAGACAUGACCAGUCCCUGAAUGCCUGGUGCAACUACAGAAGGGAUAACCUCGGGAGUCUCCCAGAACAUGACCACGGGAUGGCCUUCACAAUGCGAGAACUUGCUUCUUCUACAUCUGACACUAAUGUGGCCGGUUAUGCACCUGUUUCUGGCAUUUGUUCCUUGGCCUCGUCUUGCUCUGUCCUCGAGUCACAUGGUGGAUUCAGCUCCUUCAUUACAGCGGCUCACGAGCUGGGGCAUAAUCUGGGAUCUCACCACGACGGUUCCUACAGUAGCUCGUACGACAACAGGGCGUGUUCUGCAUCAGCCGGAAAUAUCAUGGCGCCCUCUGCCGGUAGCUCGAAUCCAACCAACGGAUACUAUUUCUCCGCUUGUUCUAUCGCAGAAUUUAAAAAGGGGCUAGCAGAUGCGUGCUGUCUUGUGGACACCGGUACUUAUGGGAAUGCUGCGGAAUAUAAUUCACACACCCAGCAUCUACCAGGGCAGCUGUAUUCAGCAACAGAACAAUGCAGGAUGCUCUACGGAGAUAAUUCUGUCCCAAGGAAGGAAGAAGGAGAUCCCGACUUCUGUCAGUACCUUUGGUGUAGAUCAGGCAACGGUUACACACAUGGCUACAAACCUCCAGCAGACGGCACUGAUUGUGACACAGGAAAAUGGUGCAUAGAGGGCGUUUGUGUCAGCAAGACGGACCCCCUCCCAAGCAGCCAUGGUAGCAGCGAUCAAGAGACGUCCUGGUGCCCCUAUGGAUGGCCAGGGGACCAAUGCCCAGAUUCAGAUGCCCCCAGUAUAAAUGUAGGACAAGGUUGGGAAUCUUGUAACUCUGCCAUCAGAAGAGAUGGAGAUCGUUUGUGCGCAAACAGUCAGGUUUCAGCAUCUGGUUUCUGCUGUAUCCAAUGCUAUUACCAUUCACAGUCUAAGCUGUCGGCGCCCUCUUGGGGUCCCUGGGGCGGAUGGUCAACUUGCACAAGGACAUGUGGCGGCGGUACCCUGUCCAGAGACAGAGCCUGUGAAGGUGGCUCUUCAUGCCUCGGCGUGUCCUCCGAGACCCAGGAGUGUAACACCAAUGAAUGUCAGGUAUCUACCGUGGACGGUAAUUGGAGCGACUGGGGAACUUGGUCUGCAUGCAGCGUCACCUGCGGUUCUGGACAGAGGACUCGAACCAAGACGUGCAAUAACCCAGCGCCAUCUAACGGUGGAUCGUGGUGUUGUCAUAACGGACAGUGUCUGUAUAACAGUUUGAGAAGUACUGGGUCCUGUAAUGCUGGCUCAUGCGGUGGAGGUACAUCGUCUUGUACCACUGAUGCCUACUCCUGGUGUCCGUCUUAUGCCGCCUACUGCAGCAGCCUAGAGUUCCUGCAGGAGAAUUGUUGUGCCACUUGUGCAUAG